CAGGCAACUCUGGGGUAGCUCUCCUGGACUGGUAGCUUUGAAGAAAGAAGAGUAGAAGGAAAAACUAGAAUAAGUCAUGUCGGAGAUACUUGACCUCUCUUUUCUGUCUGAGGUGGAAAGGGAUUUGAUCCUCAGUGUUCUACAACGAGAUGAGGAGCUCCGAAAAGCAGAUGAGAAAAGGAUUAGACGACUGAAGAAUGAGUUACUGGAGAUAAAAAGGAAAGGGGCCAAAAGGGGCAGCCAACACUAUAGUGAUCGGACCUGUGCCCGGUGCCAGGAGAGCCUGGGCCGUUUGACUCCCAAGACCAACACUUGUCGGGGUUGUAAUCACCUGGUGUGUCGGGACUGCCGUAUCCAGGAAAGCAAUGGUACUUGGAGAUGCAAGGUGUGCGCCAAGGAAAUAGAGCUGAAGAAGGCAACUGGAGACUGGUUUUAUGACCAGAAAGUGAAUCGCUUUGCUUACCGCACCGGCAGUGAGAUAAUCAGGAUGUCCCUGCGCCACAAACCUGCAGUGAAUAAAAGAGAGACAGUGGGACAGUCCCUCCUUCAUCAGUCACAGAUGGGCAAUAUCUGGCCAGGAAGAAAGAUCAUUCAGGAGCAACUGAAGGAACCCAGUGUGCCAUUUGAAGUCCCCAAGCUGAAAAGUGGAAAGAGCGCCCUGGAGGCGGAGAGUGAGAGUGUGGAUAGCUACAUGGCUGGCUCGGAUAGCACGUCCAGGAGAGACUCUCUGGAUAAAUCUGGCCUCUUUCCAGAAUGGAAGAAGAUGUCUGCCCCCAAAUCUCAAGUAGAAAAGGAAGCUCAGCCUGGGGGUCAAAAUGUGGUAUCUGUGGACGAGGGUGAAAUGAUAUUCAAGAAGAACACCAGAAAAAUUCUCAGGCCUUCAGAGUACACUAAAUCUGUGAUUGAUCUUCGACCGGAAGAUGUGGGGCAUGAAAGUGGCUCCUUGGGAGACAGAAGCAAAUCUGUCCCAGGUCUCAGUGUGGAUAUGGAAGAGGAAGAGGAAGAAGAAGAAGACAUUGACCACCUGGUGAAGUUGCAUCGUCAGAAGCUAGCCAGAAGCAGCAUGCGAAGUGGCUCUUCCAUGAGUACGAUUGGCAGCAUGAUGAGCAUUUAUAGCGAAGCUGGCGAUUUCGGGAACAUCUUUGUGACUGGCAAGAUCUCCUUUUCCCUGAAGUAUGAGCAGCAAACACAGGCUCUGGUCAUUCACGUGAAGGAGUGCCACCAUCUGGCCUAUGCUGACGAAGCCAAGAAGCGCUCGAACCCAUAUGUGAAGACUUAUCUUCUGCCUGACAAAUCCCGCCAAGGAAAAAGAAAAACCAGCAUCAAGCGGGACACCAUUAAUCCGCUAUAUGAUGAGAUCCUCAAAUAUGAGAUCCCAGAAUCUCUCCUGGCCCAGAGGACUUUGCAGUUCUCGGUUUGGCAUCAUGGUCGUUUUGGCAGAAACACUUUCCUUGGAGAGGCAGAGGUCCAGAUGGAUUCCUGGAAGCUUGAUAAGAAACUGGAUCAUUGCCUACCUUUACAUGGAAAGAUCAGUGCUGAGUCCUCGACUGGCUUGCCAUCACACAAAGGCGAGUUGGUGGUAUCAUUGAAAUACAUCCCAGCCUCCAAACUCCCUGUUGGACGUGACCGGAAGAAGAGUACAGGUGGGGAAGGGGGAGAGCUCCAGGUGUGGAUCAAAGAAGCCAAGAAUCUGACAGCUGCCAAAUCAGGAGGGACUUCAGACAGCUUUGUGAAGGGAUACCUCCUUCCCAUGAGGAACAAGGCCAGUAAGCGUAAAACUCCUGUGAUGAAGAAGACCCUGAAUCCCCACUACAACCAUACAUUUGUCUACAAUGGUGUGAGGCUGGAAGAUCUCCAACACAUGUGCCUGGAACUGACUGUGUGGGACCGGGAGCCCCUGGCCAGCAAUGACUUCCUGGGCGGGGUCAGGCUGGGUGUUGGCACUGGGAUCAGUAAUGGGGAAGUGGUGGACUGGAUGGACUCGACUGGGGAAGAAGUAAGCCUAUGGCAGAAGAUGCGACAGUACCCAGGGUCUUGGGCAGAAGGGACUCUGCAGCUCCGUUCCUCGAUGGCCAAGCAGAAGCUGGGCUUGUGA